UCGUGACGCGAACGUGAAAGGCGGCAUGUCGAAGGGUGUGCUGCAGCCGAGCCAGCAGAAGCUGGCGGAGAAACUGACCAUCUUAAAUGAUAGAGGAAUCGGGAUGCUGACUCGCAUCUAUAACAUCAAGAAGCAAGGACAAGUUUGGAAGGCGUGCGGGGACCCCAAAGCUAAACCCUCCUACCUGAUCGACAAAAACCUGGAGUCGGCUGUGAAGUUUAUCGUCCGGAAAUUCCCUGCCGUGGAAACGCGCAACAACAACCAACAGCUCGCUCAGCUACAAAAAGAAAAGUCAGAGAUCCUUAAGAAUCUCGCUUUGUAUUACUUCACUUUUGUCGAUGUAAUGGAGUUUAAGGACCAUGUCUGCGAACUGCUGAACACUAUUGAUGCCUGCCAAGUCUUCUUUGACAUAACUGUGAACUUUGACCUUACAAAGAACUACCUUGACCUCGUGGUGACGUACACUACACUGAUGAUACUGCUGUCGCGCAUCGAGGAACGCAAAGCCAUUAUCGGGCUCUACAACUACGCGCACGAGAUGACCCAUGGCGCCAGCGACCGGGAGUAUCCCAGACUCGGAAACAUGAUUGUGGACUAUGAGAAUCCUCUGAAGAAGAUGACAGAAGAGUUUGUCCCCCACGGAAAGUCCCUGUCGGAUGCCCUCAUCUCCCUGCAGAUGGUGUACCCGCGGCGGAACCUGUCUGCCGACCAGUGGAGGAACGCCCAGCUGCUCAGCUUGAUCAGCGCCCCCAGCACCAUGUUGAACCCCGCCCAGUCGGACACGAUGCCCUGUGAAUACCUGUCCCUGGACACCAUGGAGAAGUGGAUUGUGUUCGGGUUCAUCCUCUGCCACAGUGUCCUGAACAGCGACCCAGCCGCCCUGAGCCUCUGGAAGCUCUCCCUUCAGAGCAGCUCCUGCCUCUGCCUCUUCCGGGACGAGGUCUUCCACAUCCACAAGGCGGCGGAGGACCUGUUUGUCAACAUCCGAGGCUAUAACAAACGUAUAAAUGACAUUCGGGAGUGCAAGGAAGCAGCGCUGUCACACGCGGGCUCUUUGCACAGAGAAAGGCGCAAGUUCCUCCGCUCCGCCCUCAAGGAGCUGGCCACCGUGCUCGCCGACCAGCCAGGCCUGCUCGGCCCAAAGGCACUGUUUGUGUUCAUGGCCCUCUCCUUCGCCCGGGACGAGAUCAUCUGGCUGCUCCGGCACGCCGACAACAUCCAGAAGAAGAGCACAGACGACUUUAUCGACAAGCACAUCGCGGAGCUUAUCUUCUACAUGGAGGAACUGAGGGCCCACGUGCGGAAGUACGGUCCUGUCAUGCAGCGCUACUACGUGCAGUACCUGUCUGGCUUUGACGCAGUGGUGCUCAACGAGCUCGUGCAGAACCUCUCUGUGUGCCCCGAGGAUGAGUCCAUCAUCAUGUCCUCCUUUGUGAACACCAUGACAUCCCUCAGCGUCAAGCAAGUGGAAGACGGGGAUGUGUUUGACUUCAGAGGCAUGAGACUGGACUGGUUCAGGCUGCAGGCCUACACAAGUGUGUCCAAGGCCUCGCUGGGACUGGCCGAUCACAAGGAGCUGGGCAAGAUGAUGAACACUAUCAUUUUUCACACAAAGAUGGUGGACUCCCUCGUGGAAAUGCUUGUGGAGACAUCCGACCUAUCCAUAUUCUGCUUCUACAGCCGAGCGUUUGAGAAGAUGUUCCAGCAGUGCCUGGAGCUGCCCUCCCAGUCCCGUUACUCCAUUUCCUUCCCCCUGCUGUGCACACACUUCAUGAGCUGCACCCACGAGCUGUGUCCGGAGGAGAGGCACCACAUCGGCGACCGCAGCCUAUCCCUAUGUAACAUGUUCCUGGAUGAGAUGGCCAAGCAGGCACGCAACCUCAUCACGGACAUCUGCACAGAGCAGUGCACUCUGAGUGACCAGCUCCUGCCAAAACAUUGUGCCAAAACCAUCAGUCAGGCAGUGAACAAGAAGUCGAAAAAGCAGACUGGGAAGAAGGGCGAGCCGGAGAGGGAGAAGCCGGGCGUGGAGAGCAUGCGGAAAAACAGGCUGCUGGUCACCAACCUGGACAAGCUGCACACGGCGCUGUCGGAGCUCUGCUUCUCCAUCAACUACGUGCCCAACAUGGUGGUGUGGGAGCACACCUUCACCCCCCGCGAGUACCUGACCUCACACCUGGAGAUCCGCUUCACCAAGUCCAUCGUUGGAAUGACGAUGUACAACCAGACCACACAGGAGAUUGCCAAGCCCUCGGAGCUGCUGACCAGCGUGCGCGCCUACAUGACUGUGCUGCAGUCCAUUGAGAACUACGUGCAGAUCGACAUCACGAGGGUCUUCAACAACGUGCUGCUGCAGCAGACGCAGCAUCUGGACAGCCAUGGCGAGCCCACCAUCACCAGCCUCUACACCAACUGGUACCUGGAAACGCUGCUGCGCCAAGUCAGCAAUGGGCACAUCGCCUAUUUCCCGGCAAUGAAGGCCUUCGUGAACUUGCCCACCGAGAACGAGCUGACAUUCAAUGCUGAAGAGUAUUCUGACAUCUCUGAGAUGCGCUCACUGUCCGAGCUCCUGGGACCAUACGGAAUGAAGUUCCUUAGUGAGAGUCUCAUGUGGCACAUCUCCUCCCAGGUGGCUGAGCUCAAGAAACUGGUAGUCGAGAACGUGGAGGUGCUGACCCAGAUGAGGACCAGCUUUGACAAACCAGACCAGAUGGCAGCGCUCUUCAAGAAGCUCACCUCAGUCGACAGCGUGCUGAAGAGGAUGACCAUCAUCGGCGUCAUCCUGUCAUUCCGAUCCCUGGCUCAGGAGGCACUCAGAGAUGUGCUGUCCUGUCACAUUCCUUUCCUUGUGAGCUCCGUAGAGGAUUUCAAGGACCACAUUCCCAGAGAAACUGAUAUGAAAGUGGCGAUGAACGUGUACGAGCUGUCCUCUGCCGCGGGCCUGCCCUGUGAGAUCGACCCAGCAUUGGUCGUGGCGCUGUCCUCACAAAAGGCCGAGAACAUCAGCCCUGAGGAAGAGUACAAGAUCGCCUGCCUGUUGAUGGUCUUUGUGGCCGUCUCCCUGCCAACACUGGCGAGCAACGUCAUGUCGCAGUACAGUCCCGCCAUUGAAGGACAUUGCAACAACAUUCAUUGUCUGGCCAAAGCAAUAAACCAGAUAGCUGCAGCCCUGUUCACCAUCCACAAGGGCAGCAUUGAGGACCGGCUGAAAGAAUUCCUGGCCCUUGCCUCUUCCAGCCUGCUGAAGAUCGGCCAGGAAACGGAUAAAAUAACGACACGGAACCGGGAAUCGGUCUACCUGCUCCUGGACAUGAUCGUGCAGGAAUCGCCGUUCCUCACCAUGGACCUGCUGGAAUCCUGCUUCCCCUACGUGCUGCUGAGGAACGCCUACCAUGCAGUGUACAAGCAGAGUGUCAGCUCGUCGGCGUAAAGGAGGGGUGGGAGGGGGUCUUACUGGAAAGAUCUACAAUCUUGCUGGAGUGAAAAGUACAAAAACUUUGUGAUAUCAACUCUAUUUUUUCCCCUGUUUUUUUUCCCCCUCUCCUCCAUGAAAUUGUCUUAAUGACCUUAUUCCCCCCUUAUAACUGUCAUAGUAACACACAAGCUUGGUUUAUGAAAACUAGUGAUACUAUUACUUUUAAUUUUUGAGAAGUUUAUGUUUCAGAUGUCAAAGAUUUAAAUAGAAACACUUAUAAUGAGAAGGUGUGAUAUUUUAAGUAUCUUCAAUAAUGCAGAACACUCAUUUAUUGACAAACGCUUGUUUAUUGACAAACGCUUGUUUAUUGACAAAUGCUUUCGAUUCGCUGUGGUUCUUUUUAGAUGGCUGUUCUAGAUUUCAUCUGUGUGGUUUACAAUGUGCAUUAUUUUGUUUUUCUGUGGACUUGCAUUUUUACACUAUUCUUUUGAAAUGUUUGCCAAAUUAUUGACACUACAUCUCCCAUUUCGUUUGAAACUGAACAGAGCUGUUGGUAACUACAUAAUAGAAGCAACAGAUGGUGGUGUUUGUACAAAGCAUAGUAUAAUUUUUUAACUAACUUUCAUGAUGCUGCGUGGGCCCCAACACGCCAAUGUAUCCAUCCGUAUGGUAUGAUAAACAUUCUUGCAUAUUUAUUGAAUGUUUAUAAACUGUUCUCCUUAACCACUUUUUAUAUGUUUUAAAAUUUUGGAAAUUACAGUGUAUCUUCCAUAACAUAAAUAAACAUUAGGUUAUAAUCA